AUGGAUACCGAUACGUUGACCCUCGACCCGGCUAUUGUUGCAGCUCUGCCCGUCCGGGGUGAGGUGGUUGCCAUCUUCAGGCAUGGGGACACGAAUUGGUCGUAUGGGUAUAAGAUUAUUAUUGAGAUCGACGAUGAUGAUCACGAGUUUUUCGUCAAGGUGCUUAGUUGUCGAUCUAUAUUCCACUGGUUGGCAUCACUGAUUAGAUUCAUGAAGAUCCUUGACCGAGAAGAUGCAAAAGAGCUGGCAGAAGGAGAGUAUGAGUCGAUGGUCCUCAUGCACAAACUCAUUCCAGAGGCCAUUGUUCCUCCGAUUGCCUGGGGCAUGUUCGAGACCGAUAGCUCCAAAGCCUUCUACCUCACAUACUUUCGCGAUCUUGAUAAGCAACUCCCGUCUGAUGAUAGUUUGAUACGCCUCAUUAGUAAAAUUCACCAAAAGGAAUCACCAACGGGGAAAUUCGGUUUCCACGUUCCCACUUUCUAUGGUUGCCGGAAGGUAGAUAACAGUUGGUGUGAGAGCUGGGAGGAAUUCUUUUCUCGGGAGUUACGUUCGUCCAUCAACUUUGCCCAAGCCGUCCUACAGCACGAUGAAGAGCUUGAGGGCCUAGCGAAAACCUUCAUUGAUUUGGUGGUUCCAAGGCUUCUUCGGCCACUCGAGACAGGUGGCAGGAGCAUUAAACCUCAUCUCGUCUUUGGCGAUCUUUGGGAUGCGAAUGUGCAAGUAGACAGUCGUACUAGAGCCGCGGCAUUGUUUGAUCCGUGCUGCUUUUAUGGCCAUUUCGAGUUUGAUUUCCAAUGCAUGACUUCCGACCGUUACUCUCUCAAUUACAACUUUGUCUAUCUAUAUAGAGACCGGGUGGGAGUUUCCGAACCCGCAGAAGAAUUCGAUGAUCGCGUUGCUCUUUACGCACUAAGAAAUGACUUCCAUACCAUGGGUAUGUGGCCUCGGUGGACCUCAGUUCUUGACCAUGUGAAAUCUGAGAUGAAUCGACUUAUAGAAAAAUAUCCUGAUGGGCUUCAUGGCCUUGAAGUCAACACUGCCCUUGAAAACAAUACUGCCUUUGAAGAAAACACCGCCCUUGAUUACAAUAACCCCCUUGAAGAAAACACCGUCGAGAGUGCUACCAUUGAAGGGAACGAGGACAUACCUUUCUUCAAUCCCAUAGUCCCGGGCCAGGGUGGAACCUUGGUCGCCAUCAAGGCGGACUCCGCGUAA